CCCCCUAGUACGGUCAUACCAUUAACUAAAUAAUUGUAAACAAAACAAAACUCGCUUUAAAAUGUCCUCCAGACGAAAGUGGCUGGCUUCCGAGGAGGACAGAUUCAUCGACAUCUGGGUGCACAACCUGCAUCUGUUUGCUCCUGGCAAGAAAUUGACGGAAACCUAUACGGAACUGGAGCCGUAUUUUCGAGAAGUAGGCGUAGAAAUCAGCGCCCACGGCAUCAAGUCUAAAAUGGAGUCUUUAAAACGAAAAUAUUUCAAUUUGUUACACUCCGACGAAAAAGAUACCUCGAAUAUUUGGCGGCACUUCGACACGAUGGCUAUUAUAGUGAAUGGUACUUGCAAAGAUGGCAAGGAUAUGGAAUGGAAGGAUUAUACGCAGCCCCCAAAGAGCUCUCACGUCACUCGUAGCUCUGUUUAUAUAAAUGACCACGCGGAAGCCCAAAGCGAAUCCGAGGCACCCUUUAAUGCCAUCUUCCUGGAGGCGAGUGCUGCACACUUUUUUGACGACGAGGAAAAGCCCCAAUCGAAGAAGAAAAGGAAAAGAUUCAGCAAUACGACCAGAACGCGUAUGAGAGCUCGAAGAGCUUGGCAGCCGGCGGAGGAAAACAUAUUUGUUGAAGUCUGGGAAAAGUUCGUCACUCAUAUACAAAGUGGGAGGAAGAAAAUGGAUGUUUACAAGGACAUGCACAAUGAGCUUCAGGAGCUCGGCCUUCACAUAUUGCCGGGUGAUAUAAAAUCUAAAAUUGAAUCACUCACGCGCUCGUUUAGAACCCAGCGAGAUACUGUAGGAGAUAAAUCCGAGUGGGUUCACUAUUUUAAAAUUGCACGGAUGCUGAGUCCUGUGGAUUUCGCUAAGUUGGAGCCAUUUCCCGAGCCGAGUAGUAAUAGCGGCUCAGAAGAGGAUUCCGAUUGGUUUAAAGAAAUGGAGCCGAAACUAGAGCCCGAGACCGAGCCGUCACACUCAAAUGAUUCUGUUGUUAAUGCUUUCGAAGAUAGCAUUCAGCCUUGCUCUCCCGCGUCCAGCAUAGAUUGUUCUUUAAUUGCUCCCGAUCCGAGCAGCUGCACAGUCUCUAUUGAAAUAUUAGACCAGGAAGAGGAGAUCAAGCCCUUAAUAUCGUCUCAUAUUGAAAAAGAAAAUGCUGCCGAAGAAUUCAGUCAGUUUGUGAAAAAGGAGUUAGCCGUCUUGAAUGAUGAUUUGCUUAUUGAGGCAAAGCGUCAAAUAUACAAUAUAAUAUGUGUCUUGCAGAAGAAACAACAUGAAGUUAAUAAAUUUAGGUAGUUGACCAAAUAAAUACAUUUAUUUUUCAUUUUUAUAAAA